AUGUCGACCAGAAAUAGCAAUAAAAGUCUUAAUAAUCCAAAUCUCAUUGAAAUCAAAUCAAAGUUUGACGCUGAGUUCCGGCGCUUUUCGUUAGACAGAAGCGAAUUAUCCAAAUUUGACGACUUCUUCAAACUCAUUGAACACUUCCACAAACUCUUCUCCAUAUCCUUCUCAGUCUUCUAUUCGGAUCCAAUUCAUGGGGACUUACUUCCCAUCAAUAAUGACGACAACUUCUUGAGAGCCAUUCUGUCGGCCAAACCUCUUCUCAGACUUAUUAUACAACGAAAGGGUGAGAGUUGGGAGCACUUGAAUGGUUUGGCCGCCAAUAAGAAGAAGAAUUUCUUGGGCUUAAGUAAUAUUCUUCCGCUUCCGUCGUCUUCGUCUCCAAAUAAGAACAAACUGUCGAUCGGUUUGCCCGAAGACUUCCGUCAGGUGUCGUCGAUCAUAGACGUGGACAUCGUUCCCGAGACGUGUCGACGCGUAAGACUCGUGAAACACGGCUCAGACAAACCGCUCGGCUUUUACAUCCGCGACGGCACGUCUGUACGGGUGACCCCUCACGGCCUCGAGAAAGUGGCCGGCAUUUUCAUAUCACGUCUCGUUCCCGGAGGACUCGCUGAGAGCACCGGCCUUCUGGCCGUCAACGACGAGGUGCUCGAAGUGAAUGGCAUCGAUGUGUUGGGCAAGUCGUUAGAUCAGGUGACAGACAUGAUGGUCGCCAACUCCUCCAACCUCAUCAUCACCAUCCGUCCCGCCAAUCAGCGCAACCUUCCCAUCGCAGCAAUGCGCGGCUCAUACUGUCGUUCCUCUCAGUUGUCUCAGGACUCGAGCCAUAACUCGGCCUUA